UAUUUUUUAUUUACUUUAGGUAUUUUCCUUGACUUCUUUACUCGGCAUAUACGUACCCCGAUCGGGCGUUUUGGUAGAUUUUGUGGCUUCCGUAUAUUUGUCCAUCGCUCUUUUCCAAUUUUUUCAGUUAAUAGUCGAAUAUUUUGGCGGGAAAUCCUGUAUGCUUGAAAUAUUAUCAGACGUUCCAUUGCCGCUCAAUAGCCCUCCUUUGGCUUGUUGUUGUCCGUGCCUUCCAAAAGUGCCUUUAGUUAAAAAAAAUUAUAAUCGCCUCAAAGCUGCCGUGUUCCAAACAGCCCUGGUUCGUCCUAUCCUCAUUUUUAUAGCUUCCGUUUUGUGGACAGAUGGUAGUUAUACUCCCGGACAGAUUUCACUGGCUAACGCUUACUUAUACCUGACUAUAAUGACCACCAUUAGCACGUUGAUAGGUAUGUAUGGCUUGGUCAUUGUAUUUCGUAUCUCCAGACAACACCUAAAGCAGCACCAUCUGGCGGCUAAAUUUAUCAGUAUCCAACUAGUGCUAAUAUUUAGCAACCUUCAAGGGUCCGUUUUAGAACUUCUAACGACCAAAAAUAUUCUACAAUGCGUGGCACCUUUCAGUAGCAAGACUAGAGGAUUAGAACUCCACCAUCUUCUACUGGUAAUGGAAUCCUUUAUAUUGGGCGUUCUCUUGCAUCAUUAUUACAGAAAAGAAGCUUUACAUAACCAUCCCCAAAUUGAAAAUUUCUCUCCUACCCCUUCCAAAUAUUCGCAAACGCCUAACUUUAGAAAAGACGAUGCUGCAAUAUUGAAGAAAGAUGUUUUCAUAUUUCCGGAUAAAAUCGCCAUUGGAAAUAAUCAUCACGCCCCUAAAACCAAAGAUAGGGAUUACCUCAAUGAAGAACAACCGUUUAACUUGGAGGCAAAAAUUAUAUGCAACCCAGAAUAUAAUGAUUCUUUACGUAGGACGAGUGAGAAUGUCCCAGAUACAACUCAAGUUAAUAAGAACAUUUUUAAGGGCCUCCUUAAGCCAGCCCGAAAAUUAACACUUGUAAGCGUUCUGAUGUCUCAACAGCACAAGGAACAGCUGAUUCGAGCAGCUCGGCGACGAAUCACCGAACCCUCGCACCAAAAUGGCCAAAUGAUUGGAUUGCCACGAUAUGUUGAUCCCCCAGUAAAUAAUUCAGCAUCGCAACAAAAUGGCUUUAAUGAGGAGGAAAAUUAUUAUGCUCAAAAUUUAAAUAACAAUAACAACCAUAUUGAUUAUUACAACCACGAUAUGGAAAAGGAAUUUUACGAACUUGCUGACAAUGAUAUGACCCCGAACAAUUGGAACUUUAUUAGGCAUAUUCCCAAUAUUUCAUUACCCGAGGAAACAUCUAUCCCUUCCUUACCUCCCCUUUAUAGUUAUUCUACAUUUUCUUAUUCAGAUCACGAAUGCGAUGUAAAUGCAUCACCCAAAAGCCUCAAACACAAACGUCCGAAGUCGAUUUCCAUUGCUUCAUUGUUCUCAUCCAUUUCUAUCGAAAGUAAUGAGACCGCGACAAAAUUCGAUACAAAUAACUUUUCCAAAAUAUUUCGAAACAAUCAAAUCGAUCCAAAUAACAAAGAUCUUAACCAAUUUCCAAAUUUGACAGAUGAUGUAAUCAAAAAUAGGGGAAGCAGCCUUGAUAAUCCAUUGCUUACUAACUCUUCCUGUUCUUCCUACACUGAACAUGACACUCCACCUUUAAAAAUAUAUCAUAAUUGUAAUGACAAAGAUGAAGUAAAUCCUGGUUUCAAUACUUAUCAUUUAUACGAAGGUUGCGAUCGCUUCAGUCGAUUGGAAAAUAGCAAAUAUCGAUUCAAAAAAAAAAUUCAGCGGGAUUCCAGGCGUAUCGAAAAACGCACCAGAUCCCUUAAGACAUUUAAAUCUUUACCGAGAAUGAAAUAUUUUACUUGCCUCCGCCCUCGUUGCACUAAAGAUGAUGACAAUCAUACCAAGUUAGUUGAUAACUCUACCCAAUGUAAUAUUGAUUUUUCAGGGAAUGAUAUUGAAUAAUCAUCCUUACAAGAUACAUCACUUAAAAAACCAUUUAAAACAAAUCUACAAUGAAUUUUAUUUGCAAUGAGGAAAGCGUAAUAAACCUAUUAGUUAAAGUUAUAAAAGCCCCCCCCCCCCCACUUGAUCAGUAGCUUGUAAUUUGUAUUUCUUUAUUAAAAAAAAUCUUCCAUCCCUUUUUUACGCUUUUUUAAUUAUACAUUCAUUCCUUCUUCUAUGAAUAUAUGCGUAUUAUGCCCUAUGUUUAUAAAUGCAAUUUUGUUAAAGUACCUUAAAACUUGCCUUACGACAUAAUAAAUAUUUCAAAAUAUAUUUACAAUCUAUUAUAAAAUAACCGAGUUAUUUAUUUAUGAAAAUAUUUAUUUUUUAUCCGUAAUCAAAAGAAACCAAAAUUUUAUAUAGUACUUAUAAUAUUAUAAAAUUAACAUGUCUGAUUUUAAAAAUUUUGCGUUAUAUUUUAUCGUG